UUAAAUGAAGAAUAAAAGACAACAUGUCUAAACGCAUGAUAUUCGUUGCAUAUGUACUGUACUUGCAUUGCUGUAUAAUUUAUGCAUAUUACGACGCUGUAUGUCCAUCAGAACAACUUUGGCACCUUAGAGCUAAUUCGAUAUGUUCAUCUGUAAGAAAAUACACAUGCUUGCUUGAUUAUGUACACAAUAUUUAUAAAGAAGACUGUAGUGGACCCAAAACUGAACCACCCGGAGAUAAAACAGUGGUCAACAGCGGAAAUUUUGAUACAAAACCAUGCUCCAAUGACCGAUUCCAGCCAUUUUCAUUUGCUACAUAUCAGGGCAACGACUGCAUUUUCAAGAAAAUAGCAUGCAACGAUGAAGGACAAAUUGUUAAUAGUAAUGGAACUAGUCGAAGUAACAGAGAAUGCAGGUGUGACUAUACAAAGAGUUUUAGUUUUCUAUCGACAAAUAGAAAAAACAGAUGUUCCUGUGAUCCAACAAUGGAAGACUGUUCAUGUUUCAGGAAAACUUGUGGCAACGGAGAGAUUUUGUCACCGGACUACAAAUGCAUCAACAAAGGGGAUUCUUAUGGACUGCUUGUUUGUGAAGAAAUUGAUAUUACACAACUGUAUUACAGAAGUCAACCAACUUACAGUACACUUGAUGAAGUAGAAGGUAGCGAUAUUAGGAAACCGAUAACGAAAGGAACAGGAUCAAGAAUUGCAUCUAUAACUUUGAUGACUGCAAUUUUGAUAUCGGUCUUUAUUGUUUUCUUCCUGAAUCCAUGGAUUCCGGACAAGAUUGCAAAGAUAUUAAAAAUAGAUAAAAACAUUGUCCAGGAUUCUGAACAUAUGACACACUCGAGCUCAUUCAAUUGUUUGAAUCAGAGGGCUACUUCCAAAUCUACUGUAAAUAGUCUUUCACAUGAUUCCUUCAAGAGUGCAGACGACAACUUAAGUAAGGAGAAAACUAAAUCUGACAUUUCAAGAUCAUAUACCCAUUCUCUUAAUGGCUCGUUGGGGUCAUCCGAAACACGACAGGAAUACAAGCUUGGAGACAAUAAUAUAAAUGGACCUGGCACUGACCGUAAAACAACGAAGUCCCAAGAUACAUUUACGCAAUAUAUUAACAAAGACAUUGGAUUUAAAAAGAGUGACAGACAGUCCCAAAAGAGCGAGAGUCAAGGAAGUUCUCCAGAAACAAAACUACUGUCGUAUCAGACGAAAGAAGAUUCACUUAUUGAUUUUGAACAAGACAUUAUUUCGGAAACGUCUGUCAAUACAAACUUACGAAAUUCUCACAAAACUGCUGCCAUAGACUCUCUAAAGGAUACCCAAACUACUGACCCUGAAGACGACAAUAAGUAUACCAUACCUGUUGCGAAAUUAUCAGAUGUUAGUGACGCAAAUAAAAGAAAAGUCAGAAGCCAUAAACACGACCAGUACGACGAAGACUUAAUACAAGACAAAAACAGUUUGUAUGGAAUUGACAAAUCAAAUUCACUUAGUGGAUCAAAGAUUUCUCAUACAAGUGCUACCAAUGACUUAAUCAAUGGUAUAACAACCACUGACCAAAAAGAAUCCAAAAAAGAACCAGUAGUCGAUUUGCAGCCAUCGUGUUUAUUUGAUGAAAACCCGAUGAUUAAUGAUCAAAACAUGACAACAGAAGCAGAUCAGAAUAGCUAUAGAAUGCAUAAGGCCUUAUUGGACAAGUACAAGUAUCGACCAUAUGAACAAAGAGUUUUAAAUGAUUUGAUUAAAGAUGGCACGAUAGAGACUUAUGAUUCACCAAAAAAUAUGACAGAAUUUGAUGCGGUACAAAAAGAUGAAGCGAUAGCAAUAGAAAACCUGAUACAGAAAUUUAGGAAUGAUUACACUAUUCGUAGAAGGGGAAUAGAGCCACAACAGGCAACUGUUAUGGAAGAGUUAACGAAAUGGGCAAAGGGAGAAUUAACGAAAUUGGCUGGGGGGAAGUUUCAGAAAAUUAUCGACUGGGUGAGAUACCAAGACACCGAAAAGAAAUGAAUUAUGUAAAAUAUCUAGUAGAGAUAUCUUUUCGGCAGGUUUAUGUCGAUUGUAUGUGUGUAUUGUACUUUAAGAUAAUUGAUCACUGAAUAUUCCAGAACAGCGUAGAGCAUUUAAUAUAUGCAUAUAUACAUUUGACAUCUUCUUAUAUCUAUAUACUAGUAUUGAUGCAAUAUAAAUGAAAUGAUGGACAAGUAGCAUUAUUUUUUCAAAAACAAUGUGUAAGAUAUAUAGAAGAUAACAUUUGCAACAAAAUAUUGAUUACUUUAUGUUUGUUAAUAUACGACUGAUUAAUUAUCACAAAUAAAAAAAAUAUGUUUAGUUUA